AUGGGUCACUUUCGUGAUCUUGUGAUUGCUGCCUGCUUCGGGCUUUGUAUUCAGGACAGCGUUGCCUCUAAACCAAACCGUGAUGAUAGGAGAAAACAGGUUCUAGAAUGGCUGUCAGAACAACAAGAAGAAGGUUUCUAUUUCAACGGGAAACUUUCGCACCAGGAUGGAAGGAUCAUUGCGAGUCAGAGCGUAGAGGCCGAUGAAGUUCUCAUGGAAAUUCCAAGAUCAGCGGUGUUGAGUAUAGGCUCAGGCUAUGUGGAAGGAAACACCUUCUGUAUGCUUUACAAGGCUCUGGAACGAGAGUUGGACCUGAAGGAUACGUCAAAGUAUUCGGUAUACUUGCAGCAGCUCAAAGAAGAGCAGGCAUCAGACAUUGACUUGCCGUCGCUCUGGUCAAAUACAGGGCAGCGACUACUGGAACUUGUCAGUAUGACGCAUCCUAUGAACAAGAUAAAUUCUGUGCUUGAGGACUACUCGCACUGCAUUGACGGCUUGCCAAAGGAAGAAAAAAUCGAAACAGACGAAGAGCGAACAGGCUUUGGAAUAUACAAUGGAGAGCAGCACGAUAACCGAGCUCUGGAGGAUACACAAGAGGAUAAGAUAGAAGAACUCAAUCUAGCUCUUGCUGUGAAACAUCACAUUGACCGGAAAUACAUGGUGCCAUUGUACGAUCAGCUUGAACAUCACCAUGUCAACUACAAUACAAAUCAUCAGGUUUUGGAUGACAAGACUAUCAGAAUUGUAGCCGUUAGAAAUAUUGGUAUCGGUGAAGCACUUUCCCGACCGAGCAUGGGAUGUCUCGAAGCCUGUGAAGAAUUCGCUCAUGCCAAUUUCAUUGAAACUUUCAAGAACUAUGGAGAAGUUCAAAGCUACCCCCACUUGUUGACUUUUGGCAACGGAAUUUCGUUAAUCUAUCAUGGCGCCGAUGAGGAAGAAAACGCAGGGCGUGGCAAAAUUGAAUGGAUCCAAGCGCCAACAUACGAGUCUCAGAUAGCGGCAAUGGCAGUGGAACAUAACGCACAAAGGACCGAGUACCUUCAAGAGGUUUUACCAUCUCGCGAGUCUGUUGAUGAAAGAGAAUGGCUGCAGAUAAACGAAUAUUGUCAUGCGUUGAUGGAUGUGUUGAAUGUCAUCGUUGUUGAGGGAAGUAAACUCGACUUGAUUUCAGAAGAAAACGAAGAAGAGCAAGACAGCGAAGAUGAAGCUAGCGAGGCUGAGGAAAACGAAGAAGAAGAUAGCGAUGACGAGGGUGAAGAGAGCGAUUACACAGAUGACGACCCGUGGAUGGUCAACGGAUGCGACCUUUCCGAAGACUGCACUAUUGAUGAAAUUGGAUUCUCCAGGGGAUGUGGAGAGACGUAUCACUUUGAUGCUAAACGCAAUGAAACGGAAUGGGUUCUCAUGCGCAGCGCUUACAUUGCUGUGGUUGGACCUCAACAAGCAUCGAUGGAUUUGACAUUUGGCUCUGGAUUCAAGGUACCUUUCAGGGUUGGUCACUCACCAGGUCGUGGAAGAGGUGUAUUUGCCACCACUGAUAUUCCAAAAGGGACGCUUGUAUGGCAAUCCGAUUUUACUGCAACUUUUACAGAAGGAGAACAAUUCCGCAGGUUUUUGGCAGUACUGCCAGAUGAUAUGGUAUGUGACCUAAUUAUUUGGUGCUAUACCACGCUGACGUUGAGCGGGCAGGAUGUCAUUUAUUGCGAUCUCGAAGAAGGUUCGCUGGUCAAUUCAUAUGAUGAACUGUCCGAGUACAAUGUCGGUGUCCAAAAACUUUUAUUUUCUAGAAAGGAGCUUGAUGCUGGCUUUGCAAUGAGAGAUAUCCUGGCUGGAGAAGAAUUCAUCACAGCAUACGAUGAGUUCGACACUGAAAACUACAAAUCAUUUGGACUGCUAUAA